UCUGACAUAGCCUAUGGCGCUCAUGGCAUCAGAUUCACAGUGAUACUCUAAUGCUCGUUUCAAUAGUAGGCCUAGACAACAAGGCGCAGCCCUAGGCUAAAUUCUGUUGAAAUGUUUGUUUUGGGGUCAUUGUGUUGUGUGUGCCGGUGAAAUUGUGCGUGCUCACGCAACAAACGUCUGCGCAAUAGGUCAUUUUGCUGCGCCGGACCGCUCCAACGCGUCACUUUCCAACACCGUAUUCGGGUUGCCUGCCGCCGAGUCUACCGCCCAUAGAAAAUCCCUGCCGUAUAUGUACCGUUAGCUUCCAAAUAAUAAGGGGAUCUACCCACCGGAAGUCUGUCCUCCAUUUGUAGAGAAGACCAGGCAAUAGUAAUGGGACACUAUGAAUGAAAACACACUCCAAGGUGCUCGUUCCCAAGAACGCUGCAUGGUGUGCAGCAUUCACUGAAUGAGCCGUUGAUGUUGCAAUGGUGCUGGACCUGGGGGCUAAUUGCAUGGAGCAGCCAGAAGGGGUGGGUGCAGUCACGAACAGCACCGAUGGAAUAGACCAAGAAGCCAAGCCCGAAAAGGGCAAACCCCUCAGAACCAGAGCCAGGACCAGCAGCAUCACCCAACGGGAUCGCCUGUCCCACAAUGGACUGCAGGCCAAAAGUAGCACUGGUGCGGGCAGCUCUGCGGAUGAUGCAGAGCGCAAGCCAGGUGGAGGGGAAGCUGUGGUUCGCCGGGGCAAAGCGGAGGACGCGCAGGGCUCGGGUAGGAGAGCCAGUUUGCGGAGGCCACUUAGUCUGGAGGUCACCCCGUUGCGCUCCAGAAGCAGCCAGUCCACAGAGAGGAGGAUCUUGCAGCCGCCAUGGCGGAGUGGAGCCCCCUCCCCACCCAUGCGCAGCCUGACGAGCCCCAGCCUGGGGCCCGAGGGCUGGAUGCGCCGCAGUGAAAGCACCUGCACCAUGAAUACCCCGGUGACGCCCAGGCCCAACAAGGGGCGCAUUCGUCCAGCCACAUCCCUGCCUCACAUCGCCCGGCUGGGCGGCCUUAAGCCCAUGCCUAUGUCCACGCCCCCGUCUCCCAGGGUCCCCUGUCUACUGGUGGCACUGCGACCCAUUAACCUGGACCAAGAGCGGCAGAUGUUUUUCGAAUCGGACUACAAGUACGAGCCCCAGUUUGAGUACGUCUCACCUGAGCCAGUGAGUGUCCUGGAGAAGUACAAGGAAGGUUCCGGUCUGUUCCUUUCCCAGGCGGUGGGCAUUAUGGAGUGUGUUCUGAGGAAGUUUGGAACCUAUGAGAACUUUGAAGAAGUCACAGGGGGUAGUGUGCUCCCAAAAAGUCGAGUUUGGGCAGCGGCACGCAAAUACUUGCAGAAGGAAGGAUGUGUUGGAGAGGUGGUUGUGUGCCUCUCUGACGAGCUCCUGUCCCAGGCCGUGAUGAUGGUGGAGAGCUGUCGGCCAACUCUCACCAUCAACCUGCAGGGGGCCCGCCAGCACUGGCUAGAGGGGAUGCUGAGACACGAGAUCGGUACUCACUACUUGCGCGGAGUCAACAACAACCUCCAGCCUUGGAGCACGGCUGUGGGCCGAAAGAAAUUUGGCCUGAAGCCUGCCAACCCCACGGAGGAGGGCCUUGCCAGUAUACACAGCGUGUUGCUACGGAAACAGCCGUACCUGUGGCGCGCCGCUCUGCUCUACUACACGGUGUACCACGCUGCCAACAUGAGCUUCAGUCAGCUCUUCGGCCACAUUGCCCGCUUCGUCCAGAACCCCGCCGUGCGCUGGGAGUACUGCCUCCGUGCCAAGAGGGGACAAACAGAUACCUCCCAACCAGGCUGCUUCAGUAAGGAUCAAGUUUAUCUUGAUGGAAUCCUCAGGAUUUUGCGACACAGAAGAAACAUUGACUUCAAGAUGUUGACUUCUCUUGGCAAGGUAUCUUAUGAAGAUGUGGACAGACUUCGACAUCUGGCAAUCCUCCACAGAACCAGAAUUCCUCAUUUUAUGCAGGACGAGGAGCGCUACCUUCAGCACCUCGACUAUAUCGUCGAGGUCAACGAGCUGAAUGACACAGAGCUCCAGAGUCUUGUACCAUAGGUCUUUUCCCCAAAAGGCCUCAGAAGAACCAUAGACUGUGGGUGGUGACAGGGGCCAAGGAUUUUAACUCGAAGGACCAGGACACCUGGACUGGGGCCAUACCACUUUACUGCGAUCUCAUUAGAAGUAGGCUUGGACUCAUAGACACCUACAUGGCAUUAUCAUCAUCAUCAUACCACUAUAUCGUUGCAAGAAAGGAAAAAAAAGUCUUAAACCUCCGCAACUACUUGUCCCACUGAUUGUUUGUUUACUAUUGCAGUGAAAUGAAGAGCAGAUUGUAAUGCAAAACCCCAUGGUAAGUAUUAAAAGGGUUCAAAAAGAUUUUCUUGCAACGAACGGUAUCACCACACCCUUCAUUGGGGGUCAUAUCGUUAUCAUAUUACAUAGUCAAAAUCGGUGAUUAUUAUACUAUAAUGAGGGAACUAUGAUUAGCCUUACUUGACAGAAAUGCACAAUCUACUGGGGAAAGCGAUCAGGAAUUUUUACUGUUGACGGUCCAUAUUUUAGUGGCACAAUUAGUAAAUUUGGGGGAGAAACGUGUAUAGCACUUCAGUGCAAUUUGGAUCUGCUAAUUAUUCCAGGGGUUAUAAUCUGAAGUUUUAGGGGCCAUCUCCCAAGGAGUAUGAAUCAUAUCACCCCAGUAUGAUGCAUUAUCAACAGGUGGCCUUGAAUUGGGGGAAACUGAGUAAGUGUGUUCUAUUCUGUGUUAUUGCAUGGUUUACCUUAAAAGGUAACGUUUUUAACUAAGAUAGGUAGUAUUUCAAAAGGAGGGACCGAGCACACACCCGUGGCUCUGUACUUAAGCCGUGUACUCUUUGAAGGCAAUGCAUUUUAAUGUAUCUUCUGAAAUGCCUGUCACAAUAUUGCUACUGCUUUUGUCAACAUUUCAAGAUAACCAUGUUCUGCAUAUUUAUGCAAGUACUUUGUUUUAUAUUUAUUUCCGUGUUUACUUUGGAAACGAAUGUUACUGGUGUUAGCUUUAUAUCUCCCAUUUUGGAGAAGUUCAUGGUUUCAAGCCUUAGUAUUAUGAGCAGAUUAAGGGCACCAAGGAUGACUCUUCACAGCAGAAAUUUCGGUAUCUUUCACCACGUUUAGGCGUUAAAACACGUGGCAGAUGCUAAGAUUGUCUCUCACACCAAAAAGUGCCAUUGACAAUAUGUCUCCUCUUGAUAUUUACCGUAUACAUUGUAGCAGCAGCUGAACACGGCAGCCUUUUUAUAUACACGACACUGACUACAGUAUUCUGACCUGUUCAAAGGCAUUAGAUUUUACUUGAUUCAGACUGCCACGCACUGCACACGUGUGUAGUCUGCUGAGUGAUGAUCAGAGAAGACGUGGGGCAGUUUGCUUCCAGAGCAACCUUGGUGGACUUUAACAUUGGCAUUAUACGUAGGUAGACUGUGAGUCAUCCAAGCAGACCUGUUACUGCUGCGUUUAAAGAUGCAGAACAGCUAAAAAGCAAGUGCUCUCCAUAGCUCCCUCACGGCUGUUAUUUUGUACCUUUAUUUUUUAUUAUUUUAUUAAAAAGCUUGAUUGUUUUUUAUUAGCAAGGGGGGAUGUUUACGGCAAAAGAGGCUCAGUGACAAACAUGGUUUUCAUAAUUAAUUAGUAUCUUUAUCAGUGUUUAAGAUACUAAGGAGCUUAUUGGUUAUUAAAGAAUGUGAAAAGCCCUGGGGUGCUGUACUAACAGGUUUAACCAGGUUAUAUCACUUAACCACCUUUGCUGUAAACCUCCCCCUCUGUUCAGCUAGACUCAAGUGUACCAAGCUCAGGGCUAGCGAGCGAGAUAUCAUUGCCAGGUACCUUGGCGAAGGCACCAGGCUCAUGUGUAGUGGCUACCAUUAGUGUUAGUGCACACAAACACACCUGUAAAACACACUCCUCUGUAUUGUCAAGUUAUCCACACACUGCACGAAAAUUGCACAUUUUGUGUUUGAUGUGAUAAGCUGGAAUUUCCAGUGUAUUUAUUAAACGACUACACCCAAUUUGUCACCACCUGCUCAAGAGUGUCAUCAGUUGGAGAAUGUGCGUUCUUCAUACAUGAGCUUUUUUUCCCAUAUCCACUGGCAGCAGGUUAACGCCAUCACAUAUAUAUAUUUUUUAAAAUAACAAAACAAAGAGAAAGUUAAACAAUAGAUUUGUUCUGAUCUUCACUGAAAAAUAAGCAUGGUGUGUCUUCUCGUUUCAUUAGACUCUUAUUACACAUUUAUUUGGUAUUGAACAAGGUUUCUUUUCCCAGAAUUUAUUAGAGCACAUUUUUCAAUAACUAGGACUGAUGAACUAAAAUGAAUGCAACUCUUUUAGGUUGGCUGCAACACGCCACUGGGUAACCAAACCAAUCCGAAACAGCAAGUCAAUAAUAAAAAAUAAAAAGAGAACCUGCAUGUUUACCUUGCAGUAUUUUGCAUUUGUUCAGCUAUUUCAUUGUAACAAUACAGGAAAAAAACAGAGAUCCUUUUUUUUUGACACUAAAAAGAGAUAGCUCACAUUCUUACACUUUUAGGCAAAGGUAGAAAUUGGUAACGGACCCUUGCAAGGCAAAAUUAUACGACUGCAAGGUAGACACGCUUCUGGAGCCAAAAACAAGGAUUCACAAGAG